AACUGCGCACAACGGAGAAGACUGCUGCUGACUUGCUUGAGAGACCAGGAGCAGCCGUCUGAGAACGCGGCUGCAUGGGACUGUGAAACUCUAUAAUAAGAUGCUACAGUCUCCUCGUCGGCUCAAGUGGAGGUGGGAGGGAGACAGCGGGGUACCGGGUGUAGAGUCCGUGAUGCAAUGCGGGUACCGUCAGUGGCAUGGCCCGCGGUUUUCACCUUGUGUGCAGGAUUCCAGGCACUCCGGUCUUUAUCUGCGGAGCCGCCGCGCGCAUUCGUCUUCAUUACCGGCGCUAUGGAUUAUCUGCAGGGAUACGAGGAGGCUUGGAGGGAGAAAAGGCAAACAUGUGUUAAGUGUUCAUGCUCUCUCGCUCUUUCUCUCUAUGCGUCUCCCCCUCUCUCUCUCCUUGUAUGUGACAAAACAAACACUCCUGGGGUCUAAUAUUACACGUCAUAUGCCUUAAUGAUGGUGCGCAGAAACGGCUUGGGUGCAAAUAGAAGAGGGCAGAGACUCGGUCAAUGUCCAUGGCGGGCUGGCACGUGGGUCUAAAUGAGGAUGAAUGGCGCAUACCCCCAUGUUUUCUUAUCUCCCUCUCUCUUUGAUAGCCUCUCGCCUUCUCACAGGGCAAUUGAAUUGGAGCGUCACCGCGUCUUCCAGCUGCGCCCCACAGGCAUUACAACCCGACGGAUGAUUGCAUGUAUACAGCUGAACACCCCUCGUUCACUUCUCCUCCUGGGUAAUAAAUACAAGGAGAGUGGCUAUUAAACUAUGCUCGGACGGGUGAUCUGGUUUACAGGGAUUUUACCUUGUCCUUCUUGCAAACGCUACAUCUACAUGAGACAGCUUAGUUAAUAGAAGUGUGUCCUGGGACAGACGGUACACAUUUUUUAUUUUCCAUAAUACUGACAUCUAAUUAGGCUUUUCUGAACAUGAAAAAAAUUACUGAUGCAUACAAAUGUUUUAUGGAAUUGUGGGGGCCUGAAAUCCUUAAAAAACAAGUCCACGUUAUGUGGGUGCUUCAGACACCACAAACAGGCACAUAGCUUACUCACACCCACGCUCUGUGUGUGGUUUGUGUAGCUCACUCUGACAUCAAUUUUGUGAAUUAUGACCUAAGCUGCUGCUUCUAUUGGCCAAUACACCCUCCUGCCUAAGAGAGUACAUUUGAUCAGCUGUGUAAAUUGAGUCUUUCACAAUAAUAAAACAUUAACCUUUUUGUCAGCAAGCAUGCUGUCACCUGAACUUUCCUAAAGCCAACUCCGCCAAAAGAUUUGUCCCGCUAAUAUCAAUGAAAUGCCAUUUUCAGUCCAUUACUUCUUGUUAUGCCGCGCAGCAGGAAAGUUGGAGCGCUUCCUGCUCUCAGGCUAGAUAACACUCUCGCACUUCCCACUCCUGAAUGAGAAGGUGGGAAAUGAAAUAGUUGAGAAGACAAAAAGGACACACAUCUCGUCUACAGUGGACACAGGGCAUUUUCCACCUGGCAACAUUUCUUGGAACAAAUGUGGCCUCAUCAGGAGUGGCCAAACAGGGCAUGGCUUUAGCUAGGCUACUGCUGCUCUGUUUGGUAGGUGAGGUCUGGGAUGCUGAAACCAAACCCACAGAAUUUGUGUGUAAUAAAAGUGCCAGGAGGACUUUCAACAUUGUGGCAGAGGUGGAAAGUGCUCUGAGUAACUGCAACGGCUCUUCCAUGCUCUCUGCACUGGUCCGGCUCCCCUGUGUUGAGCUUCAUGUAGCAUCCUGGGAAAACAAAUCACACCAGGAGAAGAGAGGAGACAUAGUUGCAUCAUUGAGGCUUCUUGUUGAAGAUGUGGAGCUUGCGAGGGCUCUAAGCCAGCCAGGAUGUGCUGCUUCACUUCUGCAGAGACUGAAGAACAACAUCAACAACUACCUGCUCAUUCUGAGAAACCUUCAGCUGAGAGGUGCAGUAAUGAGUCCAGCACUGUCCUGUGUUCCUCGAAGCACCCACAGUCUCAGCAUAGUCCUGCUGCACUACAACCAACUGGUCUCUGGAAAACUAGAGCGUUUCAUGGUUGACCUAAAAGACAGAUGCACAUCCUAGUGAGACAAAAAAUAGUUCAGUGAAUUCAGUGGAUAAUCUCAACCACAACAAAAGGUCAAUAAGAGAUGAGCAAAAGCCUACUAGAGAAGAGAAGACAGAGUGAUCUGGAUUUUUAAGCACUAUAAGCUGUUCUGAUAUUAAUGAUUCAUAGAAAAGUGAAUUUUUCAAAAGUAUUCUGUGUGAACUCAUCAAGAGUAAGAUGUAAGAUCUGUGUUGUUUAUAAAGAUGACCUAUAAAAGAAGGGGAAAAAAAUCAAUAUGGCUGCAAUAGAGCAUCACGUGAUUUAUAGGGCUUUACAUGUACAACACAUACAGACCUACAUCCAGCAGCUAGAGGCACAUACCUUACAGGUAGUUUCUCCAAGUAUACAGAAGAUGAUUAUUAAAAUCAAAAUCAUUGCUUUCAGACAUAGGUCGUACACGCUGCAAAUGUAGAAAUGUGGAUGCAGACCCUAGCUUAUAUGGGUUCUCAGAAAUAUCUAAAAUGUGUGACGUUUUUUCAAUUUCAGUAAUUAUUACGCCAGUACUGCACAGUGGUCCUUGCACAUUUAUUUAGGUGAAAGAAAAAAUAUAGACGCUCACCUGAAUAACACUGGAAAGUGUUGCAAUACUAUUGGGGGUUACAAUAUAGUCUGCAGGCUUUUCUUUAUUCUGUUGUACUUUUAAAUCAUACUUUUGUUUAUAUUUUUCUUUUAGAGUUUAUUGAUUUGCUGUAGAGUCGUGCAUGUUUCUAUGUUUCUAUGUUUUCCUUUUUUCAACAAGAUAAUCUGUUUUACAUGCAUUUGAGAGUUCCUGUAUGUGAAUACUUAAAUGGUAAAUACCACAUUUUGCAAUUAAAAUGACAUUUUUUGUCCAUACAAUGAUGUUAAUGCUACCAAACAUUUGCAAUAUAAUAGGCAAUAAACUCUGAUUUAAAACA